UCCGAGAGCGCGCCGUACCGCCUGUUUUGCGGCCGAGCCGAGAGGCAGCGACCCUUCGAAGAGAGCGUGUCUAGACCUGUUUUACGAUUCUAUUGUGUUUUCGGGCGUGGUCGGGUCCAGGUAUAACGGAAAUAUCACACGACCGUUAUUCUUUGCCGGAAAUUGGACGCGUUUCGUCAGUAGCUUGCCGUUCGUGCAACUGUGCGUUACAGUGAGUUUUUGUAUGUGAAUACAUAUUCUGAGGAAAAUGGAUAACAGAUAUAAAGGUUCUCGGGAAGCUCAUCAAUCCGGAUCUUUUCGCAAAGAUCGAAGCAAGAAGAAGAUACCGCCCAAAAAUCGAAAUACUGCCGAAAAAGUAGAACUUUCCGACGAGAAUAUUAGUUCCAGUGCCAAAAAAUUGAAGACUGAUCGUGAGACAUCCGCACCAGAAGAUCCAAACAUCGGGUAUCGAAUUUUGAAUUUUCUGGCAGUGUUUUCUGCCUUAUCGGAAUGUGUAAAAUGCAAAAAGGAUACACACAAAACAGCAAUGAGAGCUUCAACCAACUUAUUUGGAAGAUAGCUCCAAAAACGAUGCACAGCGGGGCCAAAAUUGUUAACAUUGCUGCAUUUCUUGCAACAUGCACGUUCAACAAUGGUGUCACGUCAUUGUUAGAAAUUAUGAACGUAUUAGGAAUAUCAGUCGGAUCGGGCGCGCACUUGUACGCUGCGCAAGAAGACGAAACUCGCAUAGCGAAAGCCGAGCUGCAAGCGCAAGAACAGACUAAAGAAGGUCGAAUACGGCGUCGACAACAAAAUUUAGAAACUAUGAACAUUCCGUCGACCGUAGAAGACUUACACUAUGGGCCUGGUAUCGAUGAUUCCAUAUGAUUUUUGAAGAAACGCCAAUGGGUACCGUUUACCCGGAUUUUUUUACGGCGCUCCAAAGAUUAUACCACAACCUCGUCAAUUUUUUAUUUUUUUUAAUAAAAAAAAUUGGACAUAUU